ACCGUUGUACGCUCCUCUUUUAACUCUAUUCGACAAGAUAUGAGGAAUGUGGCCUCGCUAUCAGUGAAAGAGGUGCUUGCAAAUCAACCAACCGUCGAGGUGAGCACUCUGAAGAAUGGUUUUCGUGUGGUUGCCGAAGAAAAUGGAAGACCUACAGCAACGGUUGGAGUUUGGAUCGAAACCGGAUCUCGCUAUGAGACUGAGACAAAUAAUGGUGUCGCUCAUUUUCUAGAGCGAUUAAUGCAUAAGGGAACAGAAAAACGAACUUCCUCUGCUCUUGAAAGCGAACUUGAGAAAAUCGGUGCCAGAUUGAAGUCCUAUACUAGUCGCGAUCGCACUGCCGUGUACAUACAGUCUUCUUCUCAAGAUGUGGACAAAGUGGUUGAUAUUCUCGCUGACGUUCUUCGAAAUUCCAAGUUGGAUUCGUCAGCAAUAGAAGCGGAGCGAAAAGUCUUACUCUCUGAAUUAGAUGAAUAUGAGGAUAAUUUACAGAAGAUGACCAUGGACAAUCUUCAUAAAGCUGCUGUUGGUUUUCAGUAUUUUCCAAAUCUAAUUCAUCUCUCCUUCGAAAUCACUGCACAGCACCUCAAAGAAUGGCAAGAAGAUAAUUAUCGACCCGUCCGCAUGGUUCUAUCGGCUGUUGGUGGCGGUUGUUCGGGCUCGAAAAUGCAGGGAUUGGCUGAGAAAUAUUUCGAUGACCUUAGCAACGAAUAUCCAAGAAAAGUUCCUGAGGCAAAAGGUAUUCGGUUCACCGGUUCCGAGUACAGAUAUCGCAACGACUAUAUCCCACAUAUGUACGCGGCUGUAGCUGUUGAAGGGGUUGGCUAUGGCCACAAGGACGCUCUUGCACUACAAAUGGCUAACCAAUUUAUCGGUCAGUGGGAUGUCACUCAUGCUACUACGCUCACUGCUCCUUCUCGCUGGAUCCAAAAGAUUUCUCACAACUACGGAUUGCACUAUCUAGAGCACUUUAAUCUGCAUUACAAAGAUACUGGUCUCUUUGGUGUGUAUUUUGUUAGUGACGGUGAUCAUCUUGACAACUCACACACUAUCAUGCGCGCCAUUCAGCAUGAGUGGAAGCAUCUUGCUGGAGCUGUGUCAGAAGAGGAGACCACGCUAGCGCGGAACCAACUAAGAACGGCUUUAUAUGGUAGUCUUGAAACAAAUUCCGAGAAGGCGGAGCACAAUGCUUUAGAGCUUCUUUAUACUGGAAAUGUGAGAUCGCUGGCUGAUAUCGAGGAGGAAAUUUCACGGAUUGAUCGUAAUAGAUUGAAGGAAGUCGUUUUCAACCAAGUAUACGAUAGAGAUACAGCGAAUGUUGGUGUCGGUCUUACCGAAGCGUACAUGAGUUAUCCACAAACCCGCGCUGCAAUGUCGUGGUGGAGGCUGUAG